GCCGGGCAUGGCGGGCUGGUGGCGGGCGCUGCCGCGCGCGGUGCAGCGCUACCCGUGGCCCACCAACGUGCUGCUCUACGCGGCGCUGUACUCGUCGGGCGACGCGCUGCAGCAGCGCCUGCGGGGCGGCCCGGCCGACUGGCGGCAGACGCGGCGCGUGGCCGCGCUGGCCGUGACCUUCCACGGCAACUUCAACUACGUGUGGAUGCGCGUGCUGGAGCGCGCCCUGCCCGGCCGCGCGCCGCGCACCAUCCUGGCCAAGGUGGUCUGCGACCAGGCGUUCGCCGCGCCCGUGGGCAUCUCGGCCUUCUACACCGGUAUGAGUAUUCUCCAGGAAAAGGAUGACAUAUUUUUGGACCUGAAACAGAAAUUCUGGAAUACGUAUAAGACUGGACUGAUGUACUGGCCUUUCGUCCAGCUCACCAACUUCAGCUUCGUGCCUCUCCACUGGAGAACGGCGUACACGGGUGUCUGCGCCUUCAUCUGGGCCACCUUCAUGUGCUACUCGCAGCAGACAGGUGACGGGACCCUGCAGUCCAUGAUCUCAAGCCUGUGGGUACUGAUGGCCGAGACAGCCAAAAGGCCCCCGGAGAAGUAAGAAGUGUGGUGUGCAGGACUCCCAGAAGGAUGGCAUCAGAUGCGGCUUCAGUGCAGUUGGCACCUCGAACCGCUCAGCUCCAUCGUGAAGAUACAGUCUUUGGUAGAGUCAGUUGCUUUUUGGUUUUGUUUCGUUUGGGGGCCACUCCUGGCAGUGUGUUGGGGGAGGGCCACGCUUGGUGCACGCUCCCUCCCAGUGCCGGGGGAACCUCAUGGUGCCAGCGACGGGAGGAAUCUAAGUCUCCCCCAAGCAUGCACUCCAGCCCACUCAGCUAUCUCCCCGGCCAACCCUGUUUGUUUUUAAUCUUCAAGGAUAAUUUCAAAUUUUAUUCUCUAAAGCUGUUAUUUUAUUUUAUUUUAUUUUUUUGGGUGCGUAGAUUAAACCUCGGGCCUCAGACCUCCUCGUCAGGAGCCCUUAAUAUUAUUUCUCUAAUAUUAUCACUUCUGCAGCCUAUUAAUUCAUGUCAGUACAGAGGCCGAGUGGCAUUUGGUGAUUCUCACUGUUUCAGUUCUAGUAUUUUUGUGGUAGACAAUUUAAAGAACUCCACAUUGAUUGUGUCGAUCAACAUUCUAGAAUCUCAGGUGAUCUAUACACUUUUGGAUCAGAUUAUCUUUUGUACAAAAAAUAGUUCUUGUAAAUUUCUACUUCUAGAGUCAAUCACAGAGAAAGUCAGAUAAGCCAGAUCCCACCCUGCACUCCUCCCAGCCCUAAUACUGUCUAACCUAUUGAUAUGCCGAUGCUAAACUUCUUUUAGUCUUUUAAAAUCACAUGUAAACCAGCUGGGCAACCUCAGUAUGUUCUGGACAUAAAGCAUUUUGUUGAUACCUUCUAAUUUUAUAGUUUCUUAAGUGUAUUUUAAUGUCCUUUAAAUUUACGCAUAGGCUGUUGCCUCAGGCACAUCAUUUCCUAGACAGAUGAAAUACAUAAAACAUUUGACCUCUUUAGGAGCAUAAAACAUUUGACCUCUUUAGGGAGUGAAGUUUCUGGCUCUGAAGAAUGAAGGAAUUUGGAGCUAGAGAUGACUUCAGUCUGGAGUGCAGGCUUUGCGUGCAAAACGCCUGGGUUUGAUUUGGCCCCUGACCCACCUGGUUCCCCAGCACCCCUGGGAAUGGCACAACCUCUAAGCAUUGCUGAGAAUAACCCCCCCCCCCCCCCACCAGCAAAAAUAAGUAAAUAGGUCAAAAAGAAUCAACAAUUCUUUCUGAGGUAAGAAUCUUCCCUCCUUCUGGAGGUAAGAAUUUUACUCACUAAAGUUCAAGCGAAGGGCCAGAGAGGGACUAUAAUAGGUAGAGAGAAAGCGCUUGCCUUGCAGGUGGCUGGCCUGGGUGAGUCUCCCAAACCCCAGAUGGUCUUCCCAAGCCUGCCAGGAAUGAUUCCUGAAUGCAGAACCAGGAGUCAUCCCUGAGCACCACUGGCCACUGGGUGUGGCCAAGAACAACUACACACACAACACAUAGAAUAAAGGUCUAGAGAGAACAGGUACUUGAGACAUCCCCUUGAUGCUCUGGGCUUGAAAAGAAUCUUUUCCUAAACCCUUAAAUUAGACGCAGGACACACGACUCAAGCUUGUCCACAUGCUUAGCUUGUCUCUCCUCAAAAUAUGUGCACUUAAAAAUUAUUUCAAUAUUUCAGGAAGUUUCAGCAAAUCUCCCAUCCACACAGGAUCUACCUCCACAACUUCAGCUUCAUUGCGCCCUCACAUUGCCCUUUCCUGCGGACAUCCUCAUUUAGAGGCGUGGGCACUGAAAUGUCAACACUUCACUCUGGAGAAUUUGGUUCCGACUAAGUCAGUGUAUACCCAGGGGCUGGGGGAUGACUCACCUGGUAGAGCUCAGGCCUAGCAUAUUGCUUCCCCAACAGUGUGUGACUCUCUAAGCGUCACUGGCUGUGGUCCUGGUGGGUGCCCAAGGACCACUGACCCAACUGAUGCUGGGCUGAGCUCUGCUAGACCUGUUGUUUACAAAUGGGGGUGUGGGGGCCAGAGAGAUGGUACAGCAUAAGGUACACAUGUAAGGUGCCUGCCUUGUAUGUGGCAACUUAGGUUUGGUCCCGGGCACCCUUAUCAGUCCCCUGAGCCCUAUCAGGAAUGAUCCUAGAGUGCAAGCUGAGAAUAAGUUCUAAAUACCAACCAAGUGUGCCCCCAAACAAAGACCAGAAAUGGGUGUCCAGAAAGAUAGUCUCAAAGCCUUGCACACUGUUGACCCUGGUUCAGUCCCCAGUAGCACAUAUGCCCCACCCCUACCCCAAGUACCAUUAGGGGUCAUUCGUGAGCACAGAGCCUGGAAGAGCCCCUUGGGCACUGUCAGGUAUACCUCAGCCCCUCCACCCCUCACCCAGAGCAGAAUCAGAGAAGGUAGACCUAGUUUCGGAGGGAUGGCCCAGGAGGAGAGACCCUGCCUUGCAGGUGUGAGGUCAAGAGUUGGAUCCCCGGCAUCACCCCACAUGCCAGGUGUGGUUCAGGCAGUGGUGCCUUUCAUAAUAGGGUGUCAUCUCCAGAAAAUGUGAGCGUGUACUACAGCCAUGCGUACGACCCACAGCGAGGGCUGCGUUCAAAGUGUGUGCCACUGCGUGCCGCCAAAAUAAUGAACGGUGCUACCAGGUGCUUCGACAGCACAGCUAACCUGUGCCAUUUUAGCCAGCAUGAGGGUGCCACCUGGGCAUCAUAGCAACAACUGCCCCCCUCAAAAAAAAAUAAAAGGGAAGGGAAGGAGAGCGAGGGAAAAAGAUAGAUACUUGGAAUUUUUAAGCAGACACUUUAUGUGAUUUGUAAUAUAAUUUGUAUGUCUCAAUGAUGUGACUUCUAAGUACAUGGUUUUAUGGAUUUCACAGAUAUUAAUAUAUUUUGCAUUGCUAUUGGGCCAAUUGUAAGAGCAUUUCUAGAAUUUAGUUCUAAGGUCAUUUGCUACCUGUGUUGUCUUAAAAGCAGUUUCUGCCACAGAGAAUCUAGUACCCGAUAGAAGAACAUGCUUUGUCCCUUUAGAGAGAGCUGGAUGAAAGGGGUGAACGUCUUGUCAUUUCAACGGGCUGGUGGUCUUGUCACUGAACUGGCACAUUGGUUCUGUGGGAGAAGAAGAGUGUUUGCAUUUUGAAUGGAAAAGACUUCAGCUGCUAGACCUGUGUGUCUGCUGUCAAGGAGGAAAGAUGUUACCGUCAUCUGAGUUAAGAAAAUGAAAACGUGUGACUCUACUGCAGAGAAUCAUCUGUUCUUUGAUUUCAUGCAAAUUGUACCUCCGGAAGUUUGCUAAUGCAAGAGUGAUUUUAUGUCUUAAUGUGAGAAAUGAAAUUGAUUUCCAGGAA